AUGUUGAGCCCACCAUUAUAUUGUUCAAUCUGUUCAGCACCCUGCCUUCUUCCCCGUCUACCACUCCCCAACCCGUAUAUGGCUUCGGGAUCAUCGUACUCAUCCUCUGCUUCUGGUAUUAAUGCAGAAUAUGAUCCGGAAGAAUGGUUAUCUGCUUGGUAUUGUUUACGUCUAUCAUCAGGAUUAACUGAUCCACUUCCUUUCCUGUUUUCUUCUAUGGAGCCUUCUUCACUUCCAAUUCCACUUCCACUUGGUAUUGCGUCCUCUCAAGUGAAAGUGAAAUCGGGGCGACGUAUCGAUCCACCCAGAAGGAUUAUACCUAUCCAUUCAUAUUGUGUAUCAAUCAUCCGAUCUACGACCCGUAAAUCCCUGAACAACAGUAAGACGCACGAAGAAGGUGUCUUGUUGAGUUGGUCAUUACCUAGAUGGACAGGACAUGGUCCAUGGUCAAACCAAGCUGAAGAUAAAGCGUUCGCUGUUCCAGAAGGACUGAAAGAUCGUAAAGGCAAAAAAGAACCGGUCGUUAUGACCCCUGGUUAUUGGGGUGGCAUGUUCGAUAUGAGAGAAAGAUUCGCUAGGAACGGGAAUCAUCUAUUGGAGGAUGACUUGAUAUCACCCUUGACGAUUUCCAAACCAACAUUAAUUAUGUCCACUUUCAACGACAUCUUAUUAAAUAACCAAGUUCGACCUGAACAGAGUUCCCUUAUGACAAAAUUACCUUUACCCAUCCUCAAUCGCAUAUUCCAUUUCCUGUUAGACGAUACACCACUUCCAUCAUUAGCUUCCUGCAGGGAAACAGAGAGGAAAGCCGAUACAACUCCGAUCCUUGAUCCAAUCUCAAUCAAUUCAUUCCAAUCAGUGUCUUUUACAUGUUCCGAGCUAUAUUAUAUAUCUUUACCAUCUUCUAUAUGGGUGAUGUUAAUAUUGGAUUCAGUUAAAUCUUUUAGGAACUCGUGUUUGCAGAGAUGGAGAGCUAAUCCCACUGGUGUAGGAUCAGCUUCGCAAUUAUGGUCAGCUUUAGAGGAAUCAUUCGAUAAUCCAAUCAGAGAUGCCAUAUGUUUGGCUUGGACAGAUCGAGGGGAAAUCGAACAAGAACACGGAUGGGAAAUGAAAGAUGUGUGGUAUUGGUGGAAUUAUGAUAAAUCAUGGAAAAAUAGAAGGCGCGUUUGGAGAUGUGCUAUUUGGGCUACGGCAACGGCUAGAGACGCCGAUUGGUGGUGA